AUGGAGUUUGAACCCGAAGAGCAUCUUAACAAGACGACUGUCACGGAGAACAAUACUGCAGCUACUCGGAAAGCUGCCUCCCCGGUCUGGGAUGACUACCGAGGUACAGAGAACAAUACUGCGGCUGCUCGGAAUGCUGCCUUUCCUGUCUGGGAUGACUACAGGGGCAGCGUAGACGAUUUACAAUACUUUCUGAUUGGUCUCUAUACAUUUGUAAGUCUUCUUGGCUUUAUGGGAAACCUACUUAUUUUAAUGGCCGUUAUGAAAAAGCGCAAUCAGAAGACUACCGUGAACUUUCUCAUAGGCAACCUGGCCUUCUCCGAUAUUCUGGUAGUGCUGUUCUGCUCCCCUUUCACACUGACCUCUGUCUUGUUGGAUCAGUGGAUGUUCGGCAAAGCCAUGUGCCACAUUAUGCCUUUCCUUCAGUGUGUGUCUGUCCUCGUUUCAACUCUGAUUUUAAUAUCAAUUGCCAUUGUUAGGUAUCAUAUGAUAAAACAUCCCAUAUCUAACAAUUUAACAGCAAACCAUGGCUACUUCCUGAUAGCUACUGUCUGGACCCUGGGCUUUGCUAUCUGUUCUCCCCUCCCCGUGUUUCACAGUCUUGUGGAGCUUAAGGAAACCUUUGGCUCAGCGUUGCUGAGCAGCAAGUAUUUGUGUGUUGAGUCAUGGCCUUCUGAUUCGUACAGAAUUGCUUUCACAAUCUCUUUAUUGUUAGUUCAGUAUAUUCUGCCUUUAGUUUGUUUAACGGUAAGUCAUACUAGUGUCUGCAGGAGUAUAAGCUGUGGAUUGUCUCACAAAGAAAACAGACUGGAAGAAAAUGAGAUGAUCAACUUAACCCUUCAUCCUUCCAAAAAAAGUGGGAACCAGACAAAAGCCCCCAGCAGUCAAAAGUGGAAUUACUCAUUCAUCAGAAAGCACCGAAGAAGGUACAGCAAGAAGACAGCAUGUGUCUUACCCGCUCCAGCAGGACCCUCCCUGGAGCGCCAUCCAACAAUUCCGCAAAACCUGGGCUCAGUCAGAAGUCAGCUCUCUUCAUCCACUAAGGUCAUCCCAGGGGUCCCAACCUGCUUUGAGGUGAAACCUGAGGAAAACUCAGAUGCUCGCGAGAUGAGAGUCAAGCGCUCCAUUGCGAGAAUAAAAAAGAGAUCUCGAAGUGUUUUCUACAGACUGACCGUACUGAUACUAGUGUUUGCUGUUAGCUGGAUGCCACUCCACCUUUUCCACGUGGUGACUGAUUUCAAUGAUAACCUCAUCUCCAACAGACAUUUCAAAUUGGUAUACUGCAUUUGUCACUUGUUAGGCAUGAUGUCCUGCUGUCUUAAUCCAAUCCUAUACGGAUUUCUUAAUAACGGGAUCAAAGCAGACUUGAGAGCCCUUAUACACUGCCUACACAUGUCCUGA